CAAGUUGUAUGUACGUAGACUAGACGUAUAAAAUAAAAGCCAAUGUGUUGUAUACGCUCCAACUUUUCAUUUCGUAACUGAAUUUAAACGCAGUAUGCACUUCAGUUAGUUUUAUAGGCAUUAUUAUCGUAGCUAGGUAGGUGCUAGUGCUAUUAGGUAGUUAUUUUCUCUUAUACUUUUACAUAUUAUGGCCGUGAAUUAUUCCUUCAUUUUCUUUCACUCGUUGCUGAUUGCCUCUUCUCUUCGGUUCAUUUCAUCAUGUGGUAGUAUUUAAUUUUUGGACGUACAAAGUCGACGGUGUAGUGCUUGCGCGUGUUGCCUACAGUGUGUGUAUUUAUGUAUUUGAACAUUACUCGUACUUAGCUUUUUCGCGUUUUCUUUUUCAUCAUCUCAUUAAUACCGUUUCGCGUCGUAAUCCGUGAAAAAGUGGCACUGAUACGGUAAAUGAUUCAUUAAGAGAAGCGCUGUUCAGUUAAAAAUAAGCAUACCUACGUAUUUAUUGUACGCGAGUUUCGAAGCAGCGGGGUAGUGCGGGGUUGCGAUGUGUAAAUGCUAACGAAUACCGUUGCUGUAGCAGUACCUAGACCUACCACUAGGACCCUAGACGUGGACCUCCCUGUGUACAGAUAGAGAGCUUGGAAGCAUGUAGGAAGUCUCGAAAUAGUUGGAUGCAAAAUGUGGUUUAUUGCUUUUCGUUUUCGCGAUUUCGAUGCAGUGGUUCGUGGCUAAUUUUCAUAAAUAUCCGCUCGCAGCUCGCAGCUGGAUCGAAGCAACAUUUUACAAAAGAGAAUGUGCCAAAUUCCUCGCCAACCCGAAGGAUCCGCAACGAUGUUGUUGCGGCUUGACUCUUCCGUUGCACAGCGGCACAGUUGUUGAACAACACAAAAAUGCCGACAGUUCACAGGAGCAACAAGAAAAUUGGAGUGUCAGUCGUCAUACUGUUGCUUCGCCAACAGACGCUUAUGGUACCAUUGAAUUCCAAGGUGGUCCGCAUCCAACCAAAGCACAAUACGUGAGACUGGCCUACGAUUCGAGACCGGAAUUGAUUUUACAGCUAUUCACGCGAGAAUGGACGCUAGAAUUGCCGAAAUUAUUGAUUACCGUACAAGGUGGCAAAGCGAAUUUCGAGCUGCAGCCGAAAUUGAAGAAAAUUCUGCGAAAGGGUUUGCUAAAAGCAGCCAAAACAACCGGCGCUUGGAUAUUCACCGGCGGAACCAAUACUGGUGUAACGCGCCAAGUUGGUGAUGCCUUGUUACUUGAGAGAUCCCAAAGAAGCAGUCGAGUGGUGAGCAUUGGUAUAGCACCCUGGGGAAUUGUAGAAAACAACCACGAACUAAUUGGACACAAUAAGGAUGCGCCGUAUCAUUCCAUUUCUUUACCCAGGUCGAAAUUGGCAGUUUUGAACAACCGACACGCGUAUUUUUUAUUGGUGGAUAAUGGAACUUCUGGAAGAUACGGCGCCGAAAUUAUUCUACGCAGAAAAUUGGAGAAAUAUAUUUCUAUUCAGAAGCUGCAUCCAGGCACGCAUUGCAGUACACCGGUCGUCUGUCUUGUUAUCGAAGGCGGAACCAACACUAUCAGAGCAGUGCUCGAAUACGUCACCGAUACACCGCCUGUACCUGUCGUCGUAUGCGACGGCUCGGGAAGAGCUGCCGAUUUGAUUGCUUUCACUCAUAAGUACGCUUCCGAAUCUGGGGAACAAACGGUGCUGGAAAAUAUGAAGGAAUACUUGCUGAAUACUAUACAAAGAACAUUCGAAGUGGGUGUCGAGCAAGCCGAAUGCCUUUAUCAAGAAUUGCUGGAAUGCACGAAAAGAAAAAACCUGAUUACCGUAUUCAGAAUAAGCGACCAACAUGGCGAAGGACGUGCUCAAGAAUUAGAUCAAACCAUAUUGACAGCGCUUUUCAAAAGUCAACACCUGUCUCCGUCCGAGCAGUUGAGUUUGGCGUUAACUUGGAAUCGUGUGGACAUUGCUCGUUCCGAAAUAUUCGUUUAUGGGCAAGAGUGGCCUAUGGGAGCUUUGGAAGAAGCGAUGAUGCAGGCACUCGAACACGAUCGCAUAGAUUUCGUCAAAUUACUUUUGGAAAAUGGAGUCAGUAUGAAAAAAUUUCUCACCAUUCCUCGACUGGAAGAAUUGUACAAUACGAAACAAGGCCCCAGCAAUACACUGGGAUACAUUUUACGCGACGUCCGUCCACAUAUUCCUCGCGGUUACAUGUACACCUUGCACGAUAUUGGACUAGUAAUCAACAAGUUGAUGGGAGGGGCCUACAGAGCGCAAUAUACCAGAAGAAAAUUCCGUCUAAUUUAUACCAAAGUUAUGAAAAAAUCUACCAAUAGUUUUCAUCGAAGCAGCGCUUCGUUUAUUCGAUACUACGGUAACCCCAGCUUAACUCUGAGUCUUCUGGCUGAAACUCUUCCAACGUCGAAAGAAUUACCACUUUUCGAUUACCCGUUUAACGAGUUGCUGAUUUGGGCCGUGCUAACGAAAAGACAAGAGAUGGCUUUGUUAAUGUGGCAACACGGCGAAGAAGCCUUGGCUAAAGCGUUGAUCGCGUGUAAAUUAUACAAAGCUAUGGCGCACGAAGCAGCCGAAGAUGACUUGGAAACAGAAAUUUACGAAGAAUUGCGAAGUUACGGAAAAGUAUUCGAAGAUAUUGCGUUGGAAUUAUUGGAUUAUUGUUACCGAGAAGACGACGAUCAAACUCAACAAUUGCUCACCUGCGAACUUCAAAACUGGAGUGGGCAAACGUGUCUGAGUUUAGCUGUGGCUGCCAAUCAUCGAGCGUUACUUUCGCAUCCCUGUAGUCAAAUUAUUCUCGCUGAUUUAUGGAUGGGUGGAUUACGCACUAGGAAAAAUACCAACAUCAAAAUUAUUAUAGGCUUACUCUGUCCGCCUUACAUCGCCAAAUUGGAAUUCAAAUCGAAAGAAGAGUUACAACUGAUGCCUCAGACCGAGGAAGAACAUUUGUUCGGUCUGGACGACGAAAAUGAAAGUAUCGAAGAACACUCGCACGACGCUCAACAUCGCAAUACCGAAGCUGAUAUCGAGAGACCGAAUAAAUUGUCAAUAAGGAGAAGAUCUACAAUGCGAUCAUUUUGCAACAAGGCGUUAAUCUCGAAUCAAGAUCCCCAACUACGAGACACAGUGGUGACCGAAAAUGGUAAAGUGAUCACUGGUGAUUCGGUGAUCAGUAGCAGUCCAGGCACACCUACGCAGUUUUACCAAUUCCCUUACGAAUACAAUUUCUGCGACGUGAAACGUCACCGUCCAUUACGUUUGAAAAGAAAAUUAUACGAAUUUUACACAGCUCCUAUUACGAAAUUUUGGGCGAAUUCGAUGGCUUACGUCGUUUUCUUGCUGAUAUUCAGUUAUGUGGUUUUGGUGAAAAUGAACGAAACUCCAAGCUGGCAGGAGCUGUACGUUAUUGCUUACAUAUGCUCGUUGGGUUGCGAAAAAAUACGAGAAAUUGUGUCUUCCGAACCGGUCGCUGUAAGCCAUAAAUUUGCUGUCUGGGCGUGGAAUAUGUGGAACCCGUGCGAUGCUAGCGCCAUCAUUUUUUUUCUCAUCGGAUUGUCAUUAAGAUUGCAACCGUCAUCAAAGUCUGUCGGCCGUGUUCUCUAUUGCGUUGAUAUUAUUUAUUGGUAUUUGAGAAUUUUGAAUAUUCUCGGUGUCAAUAAAUAUUUAGGUCCACUGGUUACUAUGAUGGGAAAAAUGGUAAAAAAUAUGAUCUAUUUCGUCGUCUUGUUGUUGGUGGUAUUGAUGAGCUUCGGAGUUUGUCGACAAUCCAUUUUAAAUCCGAACGAAGAACCCAGCUGGACUCUGGCGAAAAACGUCGUCUUCCAGCCAUACUUCAUGUUAUACGGCGAGGUCAGUAGCGCCAUCGCACAAUGGUCCAACAGAUCAGUCAAAACGGCGAAAAUGAAAAAUCACAGCAUAUAUCCAGCCCAGGUGUUUGCUGAUCAAAUUGACCCUGAAUGUGGUAAAGAUCCCAAUAUGGUGCCUUGUCUAGUUGGCAGAUGGAUUCCUCCCAUAGUAAUGGCCGUAUACUUACUGGUGGCUAAUAUAUUGCUAAUAAAUUUACUCAUUGCUGUAUUCAACAAUAUUUUCAUCGAAGUGAACGCCAUCUCGCAUCAGGUGUGGAUGUUUCAACGUUUCACCGUCGUCAUGGAAUACGAGCAGAAGCCUACUCUUCCACCGCCCUUUAUAUUCUUUUCGCAUGUUUUCUUCCUGUUGAAGUAUUUGAAACGUAAAAUACAAGGUGUUCAAGAAACUUACGACAACGGUUUAAAAUUGUUCCUCGAUAAAGAAGAUUUGGAGCAGUUGUACGAUUUCGAAGAAGAAUGCGUUGAAGGAUAUUUUAGAGAAAAAGAGACCAAAUUACAAAUGUCGACCGAAGAGAAAAUCAAACAGACGGCCGAUAGAGCGGAAAAUAUUCAGCAGAAAGUCGAGGAUAUUAAUCAGAAAGAGAAUAAUCAAAAUUCUACUAUUCAGGGCUUAGAAUUUCGAAUCCGUAAAAUGGAAGAACUAUCGGAACAGACAUUGUCUUCGCUAAGCGUAAUCCACCGAUUCAUGUCAGCUCACAGUAACAUCGGCCAAUCCGGCGUCGACGUUCAUUCCAUCCCCGAAAUGAGAUUAGAUUCGUCCGUGUUCAAAAGAAUGCGACACACCAGCGAGCAUUCCGAAAUAUUUUCCGAAAUGUCAGACGGCGGCGGCGGCGGCGGUGGCAGCACUAGCGGUGGCGGUGGUGGAGCUAGUGGUGGAGGCGGCGGCUGCGGCGGAGGUGGCGGCACUUUCGCCCGAAAUAACAUGAUGCUAAUGCCGUUUCCAAAUGUCCGGCGCAAAGGACCAGUUCGUUCAAUGACCGAAGUACGACCGAGUAUCACGAGCGACUCUUUCUACACUUGCGACGUUACUCGUCAGCUAAAAGAUAGCAAAGAUCCUACGAACAUUGGCGGAAUUCCGAUUACACGCGAAUCUUCUCUCGUUAUUUCCACCGCUGCUGCUGCUGUUGUCACUACUGCAGACGAUGGCCAAUGUAGCAAAAGGAGUAGCAUCGUUACCGAAGACGUGGAAAAAACGCUUCUGGCUGCGCAGAGAAUAUCGUCCGAAAGGCAGAAAACAACGUCUUUUUCGCUAGACGGCGGCGAAGAUAAUACGCGAACGUUGAUAGACGGAUCGACGACCCUCGAUGAUGUGCAAAUGAAACGAGCGUCCGGCUCGUUAGGAUGUCUGGAUCAGUACAAGUUGACGGCGACCGACGUCAUCUCCAAUAUUGACGGUAGCGGCGUCAUCAAAGGAUUGGGUUCGACUCGUUCGGAUUCUUGUAAUUCGAUCACCGAAGCGGCGAUGGCGCCUUGUAGUUCGCGUACGGCUAUUUGUGGUCCUGAACGGGAACGAUCGGUGACCUGGGCCGAGCCACGUAUCAAAGUAAUUCCACCAUCGAGCGGUAGAUCCGUCCUGAUGGCUAUGCAUUCCGAAUACACGAGUAUUACCGACGAGCUGGAAAACAUUUAUGGCCUGCUGAGUCCUCCGAGGUCUCCUUGUUUACUGUCGCCUCCGAGAAGGGGCGAGAGCAGCUCAACGAACCAUCCACCUAUUCCCAAACAACGCACUAGGCACGCGUCUGAAAUGUCCAAUUCCGAAAUGGCGGCUUUCUUGGAAAAGGAAACGCUGAGAGAUGCCGAAGAGAGCGAUUACCAGUUGAUGGAAGAUUUGCUUCAACAUCGAAUGGCGAAGGGUGGCAGUGGCGAUAUGGCUAGAUUCGAUAAUAAUGCUUUUUUCGCCACGGUAUCUGAUGAAGAUUCGCGAUCACAGGCUCGUUUGCAACGAAGCGGCGCCAUCGAAAUUGGAGAUAAUCAAACCGACAUCGACGAUACACAUUCCGGCAAGAUAGACAUUCACACUGAUCCAGCUGAGCUCGACUCUGCCUCCGGAGAUGUCACUCUCACCGCCGAAUCAUUGUCUCACGUUCAACCUUCACCUCCACAGCAACAACAACAACAGCCACCACCGCAACAACAGCAGCAGCAACAACAACAACAACGUCAGCAUUUUUCUAUCGAGAUGCCUUCGACCGAUUCUCAUAGAAAUGAUGAUUUGUCUGAUAACAUCGAGACAGCUUGUUAAAUGUAUAGACAACUUUUGCAAAAAUUAUCGAUAAUUGGUUUUAUUCGUCAUUACAAAUCCCUCUGUGUCUUUAACAAUGUCUUAAAAUCGAUUUCUAAAAGAAAACGAGAGGAUAUUUUUGUCGAGAUCUCAAAAUAUGUUAUUCUGAAGAAGAAAAAAAACACCAUUUCAAUUUUCAAGUAGAUUUUACUUGAAUUUUCACCAAUUUUGAACAUAAAACAUACGAACAAUUAUGUAUUUAUUUUUAUCUAUAGAUUUGAAUCGAAUUCAAAUACACACCUUUAUAUUAUGGUGUUCCCCUAGGGAUCAAAAUGGUCGAUGUCGAUGGUUGAAUCGACUCGCAGUAUUUUUUUUUUUCGAGCAAUAAAUUCAGUGGGUACUGGCUUAUCCUUUUUUUAAAAAUUUUUUUUGUCGAUUUCAUUUUUUUUUUUAAUUUUUUUAUUUCAAUUUAUAUAAGAAUAUCGAACAUAUUUUAUGCUUGCCUAAGGUUUAGUGCACCAGUGUUUUAUGUAUCUUGAAUUACCUAAUUCUCAUUUAUGUAUUUUUCCCCUUUUAUUUAUUUGUAUCCCUUUUCGUAUGCAAUUUUUUUCUUUUUUGAUAGUUUCACGUGUGUUAUUUGUGCAAUAUAAGUAGAUAUGAUUGAUUUUCAACAUAUCGAUCGAUAGAUAAUAUUUUUUUGUCUGUCUAUUACCUUCUCUAGUAUGAUUGUGGUCUUAUAUCGUGAUAUUUUGAUGAAACUGAUUCUUCCCUUACUUUAAAAUAAUGCUGAGUACAAUCAAUCUAAUUUUUUUUUUCUAUUUCUUUCUUCAUAUCUUUCAUUCACUGAUAUUCGAUGGUUGUUGAAAAAUUUUCAUAAUAAUAAUUAUUAUUAUAAAUUUAUUUAUUCUGUAGGUAGAUUAUCGUAGUGUACUUAGUUAUCCGUUUGUCUACCAUUGCUCUGCUAUUAUUGUCAUCGUUGCGCAAUCGAUGAAUAUAAAAUUAUAAGAUCUCUACUUAAUACCUAAUUUACCUAUAGUGUAUUUCGUCCCCUUUCCCCCCCUUUUUUUGACAUCGUUUCGUGUAUUUUUUUUUUCUUACGAGACGAAAUUUUAUUUUAUUUUUUUGUGUUUUUUUUUCUUGUGGAUCGCGGGUCGAUAAAGUAAUUGAGAAGGUCUUGUCUCGUUUGAUUUUUUUUUUUUUUAAAUCAAAUUGCUUCAGAGGAAUAUAGAAAACCUAGUCUAAGUUGAUACUCAGGAUGCCUUUUUUUUUUUUUUUUUUUUUUUUUUUAAUUAAAUUUUUGAAACACCAAUUUUUACCUGACGAGACUUGACUCUUGAUUUUCAAAGUAGCGUAAAAGUAGUCGCUUGAUCGCAUGGACACCCUAUUUUGUACUUAGUAGGUGUACUUAAGUAUACAUUAUUAGCCUACCUAUACCUAUAUCUAUAAUUUUUUUUUUCUAGAUCCAUGCAAAUGCGUAUUCUGUUUAUAUUUAUGAUUUUUUAUUCCUUCAUAGUAGUGCGCUGUGAUAUUGUUAAUUUUAUUAUUAUAAUUAUUAGAUAGCAUCAUCAUCGUUGUUCAAAUUCCCAUUAUACCCAUUUUUAUUUUUUUCGGUAGCUACCUAUCUAUUUUUUUUUUUUACAACUUUUUUCAAACCAGUAGCGAAAAUAUCUGUGAAUGUACUUAACUUACCUAUACCUACCUACCUAAGCGUAUUUGUAAUUUUUACCGGAUUACGAUAGGUGUAUUUUUAUGUUGUGGUAAUACGAGACAAAUAUUAAGUGAUAGCUCGAUGUGGUUGAUGAUGAUUGCGUAUGUAUUGUAAGUGUGUAAUAAGUACCUAAGCGUUAGAUAUACGCUAGUGUUACAUUCGUGAUUUUUAUUUCGGUACUUAUUUUGAUUAUUUAUUUACUUAUUUCUCUUGUUAUUUUUGUCAAUUCAUUGUGUACCUACCUACCUAUCUAUCUACCAAUAGCAAACAUAUUUUGCAUUCGAAAUACCUUUUUUUGAAAUUUUUAUUUUUCAUUUAUUUACUUCUACUACGACUAUCAUUACGAUUAUUUUGUUUACGUAUUUUAUAUAGGUGUGUACUUAAGUACCUACUCGAUUUUUAAUUCAUUAUUACCAAGAUUUUUUUCUUUUUUUUUUCAAUUUUUACAUUGUCCUCGCUGUUACGAUUCUCUUUUUAGGUGAAUGAAUUAAUUCAAUUUUACGUUGAAGUUGAUGCGUAAUUUUAGAUAAUUACUGUAAUGCAUUUAAAAUGUUGACAGAAUUUUCGGUAAAUUGAUUGAUUUUUUUUUCGAUAUUCAUAAUAAAACGUUUCGUUUGCUG